AUGCCGUCGUGCCGUCGUCGGCCACCGAACCGGUUCGACGCGGAGACGUGGAAAUCUCGACGCUCGACGCUCGGUCGCCUUCCGAAAACGUCUACUUCCCGAAGCCACGUCCCAUCCGUAUCCCUAGGGAGUCCCUAUCGAUCGAUCGUCACCGCCGUGAGGGUGGCGGACGCGAGCCUGCGUCUGCGACAUCGCUCGCACUUGCGGACGAGCGUGUCGUCGAUCCCAGCUCGAAUCGAUUCGGUGAAUUGUCGGUACCGGGAUGCUCUCAAUCGUCGAGGAGGGGUCGCCCGACGACCGGUAGUGAUCGUGUCGCGACCGCUUCGCGUCUGCGACCCACGGACGCCGUCGAGGAGUCCGAUUCGAAUGCAUCCGACUUCGCGCGAGGGUGGUCGAACGAAGGCAUCGAUCGCAGGGUGUCGGAACGGGAAAGUCAUCGUGUUGCUGCUCGUGACGUUCGGCGUCGGGAGAGCUCAGACGGCCUACGUGAAGUACGAGGAUCCUGCGGACGCGACGUCGAUCUCGGCAUCCGGGGACGUGGGGAAACCGGACCCGAACGACGAGAUGCCGGCCUGGCAUCUCGUCCGCUUCGUCCUCCGUGCUCCCGGUCCACUCGUGCAGAAAGUCGACAAGAGGCUUCUGAACAUGGAGCUGGCAGACAUGUUGGCGCACCAGAGCCAGACGGAGCACCGAGCGGAAGAAGUCCUCAGGAGGAUGGCAAGCGGCGGACGGAAAUGAGACCUCGUCCGUCGGUCGACCCGACGAGUCCAUCCCGUUCUUCACUUUCCUGCCAUUUUUUCCUUCGCGAAUGUUCCUUCGAUGUUCUCGGCUGCUCUCGUCUCGAUCUUUCGUCUUCGCGCGUCCGCGAAGUACUGUGGACCCCGGCGUCGUUCGCAGACCGAGCACGCCCGUCGACGACACGAAUAAACCGGCU